AUGGCGAAGCUCAGCAAAGAGACCAAACAACGGCUGCAGACGGUGUUCCAGGCCGGACAGUUCGUCAUCCGCUGGGGUUUCAUCCCCACGGUGCUCUAUCUGGGUUAGUACGGGCCUAGCCGAUUAGCUUAGCAUGUUAGCAGCCGGGUGUCCUAGCGCAGGCUAAAAACACAAUGUGCACACCAGGACCGAGUUUGGGAAACACUGAGCUGUGGCUCACGGUGGUCAGUUAUCAUAGCCAGGGGUGUGAAUGGGAAAAUUAAACCAGAGAGAAACAGUCCCUGAAUUAAUUAACGCAGAUAUGCCCCAGCUGUCAAAGGAAACUAGGCUAAACACACAUUGGGGCUCUUAGUGUUAAACCUUAGUUUGUUUGUGUGGUGUGUGUGCGGUGGGGUAGCUGCGGUAAGACAGCGCUGUGGCUGAAGCGUUCAGGGUCAAAUGUUCUGCAGCGGUGCGCUACUGCUUUGAUAUGUGUGUGUGUGUACGGCUUUCGCGUGUCACAGGCGAGAUAAUAAUCAUGGGCCCCCACGCGAGAAACCAACCAAAUUUGGGAAACGCUGAGCUGUGGUUCACAGUAGUCAGUUAUCAUAGCUAGGAGUGUGAAUUGGGAAAUGAAACCUGAUAGAGACAGUCCCUGAAUUAACACAGGUACGCCCUAGCUGUCAAGGGAAACUAGCUAACUAAAAAAAGGUUGGUUUUUCCCGUGGGGAACCAUGAUUCUGAUCUCGCCAUUUGACCCUGAACGCUUCAGCCACAGCGCUGUUUUACCGCAGCUACCCCAGCGCACACACACACCACAUGGUUAGUACAUUUUUGGGUUUUGCCCUAGUACUACACAGUGAUGAGUUGAUCCUUUGAAUCGGCUGUGUAGUGCUAUGGCAAAAAACUAAAUGUGCACCAUUUGGAGUCCCCAGGACCGAGUUUGGGAAAAGUCUAACUAGCUGGUUUAGCUAUUAUUUCGACAGGAAAUCCCUUUGUCAGGCGACGGCCACAAAUCUCCAUAAAUGUGGGGGUGGUGGCGUGGCUUAUCUAAAAUUACCUAAUUGAAAUAGGAAAAACAUACAGCUGAUAAUGCAAUUCCAAUCGCAUGCAGUGGUCGCAAUACGCAAACGAGCUUCCCCUAACUCGAAUUUAUAAAUAGUGGGGGGGGGGGGGGGGGGGGGGUAGAUCAGCUUUAAUAUUGCAGAUAGAUUGUAGCUUCCAUCAAUGUAAUUGUCUGCAUCAUUUCCAAUCCCCCAUAUAUUUUUUUUGUAAAUAUAUUUUCCUUUAUUAUUUUACCCUAACCCUACCAUCCCCUCCACUAAUUGGAGUAAACUAAUGGAUAACAACACUUAAGCUUCUACUUCCAGCUUAUACAUACUAUAUACACUACCAGUCAAUGUUUGGAUACACCUACUCAAUCAAGGGUUUUUCUUUGUUUUUACUAUUUUUUACAUUGUAGAAUAAUAGUGAAGACAUCAACACUAAGAAAUAACAUAUAUGGAAUCAUGUAGUAACCCAAAAAGUGUUAAACAAAUCAAAACAUAUUUCAUAUUUGAGAUUGUUGAAAUAGCCACCCUUUGCCUUGAUGACAGCUUUGCACACUUUUGGCAUUAUCUCAACCAGCUUCACCUGGACUGCUUUUCCAACAGUCUUGAAGGAGUUCCCACAUAUGCUGAGCACUUGUUUGCUGCUUUUCCAUCACUCUGCGGUCCGACUCAUCCAAAACCAUCUCAAUUGGGUUGAGAUUGGGGGAUUGUGGAGGCCAGGCCAUCUGAUGCAGCACUCCACCACUCUCCUUCUUGGUAAAAUAGCCCUUACACAGCCUGGAGGUGUGUUGGGUCAUUGUCCUGUUGAAAAACAAAUGAUAGUCCCACUAAGCCCAAACCAGAUGGGAUGGUGUAUCGCUGCAGAAUGCUGUGGUAGCCAUGCUGGUUAAGUGUGCCUUGAAUUCUAAAUAAAUCACAGACAGUGUCACCAGCAAAGCACCCCCUCACCAUAACACCAUCUCCUCCAUGCUUUACGGUGGAAAAUACACAUGCGGAGGUCAUCCGUUCACCCACCGCUUCUCAGAAAGACAUGGCGAUUGGAACCAAAAAUCUCCAAUUUGGACUCCAGACCAAAGGACACAUUUCCACCGGUCUAAUGUCCAUUGCUCGUGUUUCUUGGCCCAAGCAGGUCUCUUCUUCUUAUUGGUGUCCUUUAGUAGUGGUUUCUUUGCAUCAAUUCAACCAUGAAGCCUUGAUUCACACAGUCCCCUCUGAACAGUUGAUGUUGAGAUGUGUCUGUGACUUGAACUCUGUGAAGCAUUUAUUGGGGCUGCAAUUUCUGAGGCUGGUAACUCUAAUGAACUUAUCCUCUGCAGCAGAGGUAACUCUGGGUCUUCCUUUCCUGUGGCGGUCCUCAUGAGAGCCAGUUUCAUCAUAGCGCUUGAUGGUUUUUGCGACUGCAUUUGAAGAAACUUUCAAAGUUCUUAAUGUUCCGUAUUGACUGACCUUCAUGUCUUAAAGUAAUGAUGGACUGUCGUUUCUCUUUGCUUAUUUGAGCUGUUCUUAUAAUAUAAUAUGCCAUUUAGCAGACGCUUUUAUCCAAAGCGACUUACAGUCGUGCGUGCAUACAUUAUUGUGUAUGGGUGGUCCCAGGGAUCGAACCCACUACCCUGGCGUUACAAGCGCCGUGCUCUACCAGCUGAGCUACAGAGGAUGUUCUUGCCAUAAUAUGGACUUGGUAUUUUACCAAAUAGGGCUAUUCAUUUUAGCCCCCUCAUUACAACAGACGCUGGCUUAUCAGCAUUGAGGAACAGAGUGAUCCACAUAGCUUUGAAAGACACUUGUUAAUGAAUGCAUUCCAGGGACUCCCCGUGAGGGAUGAAAACCAAGAUAUGCAGAGUGCAAGGCAAGGGGGCUAUUGAAGACUCAAAUAUCAUAUAUGAGUUACAUUUCUGUACUACAGAUCCAUAUGUUAUUUCAUAGUUGAGCCUGCACGUAUAUGUAAAGCGUAAAAAAUAAAGAAAACCUGAUGAGUAGUGGUCCAACUUUUGACUGGUCGUACAGUGACGGCAGACAUUUUUAGCAUUCUUGUGUUCGUUUGGUAUCUCUAGUGCCUUGCUAGCCCAACCCUCCAAUCUAGUCUCUUAACACAUGUCCAGUUUAGGUUUCUUUUGCCAUAUAUUUUUCAGCUGUGCUGUGAUGUUUCACAAAAGUUCUGAACCUUUCUAUUCUCAUAGUUUCUACAGAUUGUAAAUUAAAGAAAAACAUUUUUGCUAAAAGUAUUAUUAUAUUAUUGAUUGAUUGACAAUGACUUCAAAUCACCCAGCAGUGCUAUUUGCAGAGUUAGCUCCAGGUAAAUAUUGCAAUCCUUCAGCCAUUCCUGAACUUGCGACCAAAAACAAGCUACAUAUGGACAGUACCAAAACAAAUGAUCGAAUGAUUCUCUUCGCAGCAAAAUCUGCAGAGCUGGGAUGGUUGAAUCCCCUAUAUAUAUAUAAACCAUGUGCCAUGGAAUCGGUACAUCAAACAUUUCUUCCCAACUAUUUUGCAAUCUAUAUGGCACAGCUGUCCAUUUUUUGAUGAAACUGCACCGCUCCUUUCCAAGGAUCCCCCUCUCCUCUCUAGGUGCAAACUGAGGGUUAUGGUUUGUGUGGGGGCACCAUGACUUGUAUUCAGAGACCAGUGCAGAAUGCACAUUGCUAUUGGGUAUCAACAAUUUUGAUUCGCACAGCGCAUCUCUUAUGCUACGUGGGCUAAUGUUUUGGUACCAGACCAGUAGUUAUAUUUAGCUCCGGAGUGGUUACAGCUUCUCUGGGAGGGAGAUAGUUACACUGGGGGAACCCUUGAGUGUCUACCGCAAGCUAGCAUGGAUACACAGUAUGCGCACACACACACACACACACACACUAACUAUCUUCAGAGAAUGUGAUGGGGAAACCCAGAAUGUCUGCAGUGUCAGGAAUGAGGAUGGUGAUGCAAUGUGGCAUGAAUGAAUGGAGUGAAUGAAUGGUUGCAGAAACAGAAAUGUAACUUAUGAUGACACACUGACUGAGUUUCACAAGCUAGCUGUCCACUCUUAAAGGUUGCUAUUCUCUUAUCCCCUCCCCUCUCUCACCGGUCAGUAACAGGUGUUAGAGACCAAAAAACAUUUCCAGACGGUUCUAGAUGUUGAAUCUCCGCCGUCCGUUCACACCCAGCAAAUGAUCGCUAGCACAUCGUGGCCACCGUGGCUGCUUUUAGCCGUUCAUCUUUGCGAUGUGUCUUAGCUAUUAGGGUAGUCAGUUCCAACAUUCAGCUUCCUUCCCUGACAUCUCUAUUGGACCACAGGGACAACUGCUGGCCAGGAGGAGAGGGGGGAGAGGGAAACAGAGGAGGAAAGGGAGAGAGAGAGAUUGGGGUGGACAAAGAGAAGGCGAGAAAGAGAGAGGGGUUGAGGAAGGGUCAGGAAGUAGGGGAAAUCCCGACACUGUCUGCCCGAUGCUCAGGUCUGGAAUGUUAUGACUCUUCAAGAGUUGGUUACGCAACACGCAUGUUCACCCCUUCUCGGGAACACGCUACUGAUGCUAGAUAACUACAAUGGCCAGUUUGAGUCCGAGGAUAUGAUGGAGCCUGUUCUAUUGGAAAACAGCUCAGAUACAAACAGAUGUUAAGCAGGCUUUGAAAAAACGAAGUUCGGGAGUGCAACUAACAUCUCUUCAACAAUUUGCUUCUCUUCAUCUCUGCUCUCCUUUGUUUUUUGAUUGACAGGUUUUGCACGGGGGGGGGAUCCUGGAAUGCCUGAGCCAAACAUCCUAAGGUAUACUGUGUGUCUGUCUGUCUGUCUGGGGUUUGGCCACCUGAUAUAGGGAAUAGUGUUCCAUGGCUCUGGUCAAAGUAGUGCACUAUAUAGGGAAUGGGGAGCCGUACUAUUCAGACGAAGAUGACCUCUGACCUUGUUUUUUCUCUUCCAGUCUGCUGUGGGGCUGAGGACAACCCUGACCCGGCCAAUCACCACCUCCAACCGUGGUCAUGUGACUCCCAGCUGUCACCACGGAAACGGACGCCAUCUUACCCUCACCAAUUUCUAUAUGGCCCAUAUAUUAUAGGUUGGUUGGAACUUUCAGUGUCACGUCACUCAGGUUGUGUCGGAGACAUGAAGCUCUGAACGUUCUUCUUAUUCUGAAACACCCAAUGGCGUGAUGGACAUCAUAUUUUGAAACCGCUCCAUUACUGCGGAGUGACCAACGUUUCUCUCUUGUUUUGUUUCCUCUCUGUUUGGGAACAUGUACAACUUUGUUAUCUUGUCAUUUGGUCAUGGAUCUGUGUUUGUCUUUUUACUUUAAAUGUCUGCCUGUUGGUUGAAAGUGGACCUGAGUUUGUCUAUAAAUCACCUUUGAGAGAAGAUGACUGUUUGUUGUGAUUCACUGGUUGGUCAAUUCACCUAUCGAUCAGUGGAAAUAAUGUUUUGUUGUGAUGACAACGUGCAAAUAACCAUGUGGUUGAAACUAUGUUCAGUAAACAAACAACACAGGAGCAACACAUUUCUCUAUUCUCUGAGACCAUUUAUUAUUCAUUUUUGUAUCCACGACAUUUGUCACAGUGUCUGUCCAACAUGAAGUCACCGAUGUACUGUUAAGGCACUUGGAGAUGCAUUUAAUUCUGAGCUUGAAAUCCAUCAACAGCAUAUCAUUAGAAAAAUACAUUCGGAGUCCAUUUGUAUGGAAAUAAAUAACACUAUUUGCUAUAAAUAUAUAUUUGUAUAAAAAGUUACUAGAAUGUAUACAUGAGGCACAAAGCUUCUCGAGAUCAAAUGAAUGAAUCAAAUAAAAUAAAUUAAUUCAGUGCAUUUUAUGUCAACCAUAAAUAUUUUGAUCGUUUUCAAGUUCAAGUUCAGUCAAGUACUACAUUCAAUAAAUAAAUAAAAAGAAACCACUGCAUUAGAGAAUAAGACACUGCAGGUUUCUGCUCCAGGCCUGCUAUAACACACCCUCUGCCCACAGCGGUGUUGUCAUGGUUACUGGAAGCCUUUUCCCCUCUUUCCCAUGCCGCAGAGGGCUCUCUUGGUGUCAACCAGGAAGUUACGUAGCUCCCUAAGGAUGGUGUGAACGCUGGUCUUCCUCUCCCACUCUGUCCCUGUAGUCACCUCACCCAGCACACGCUCCCUCUCACUGGCAGACAGGUCCUCUACUACCUCAGCAGCCUUCAUCUGGAGAGAGAGAGAGAGAGAGACACUACGUUAGGGCAUCUGUGUGCCACAAGACUGUGCUAAAAUGUAGGCAUCUGAAUUAAUGCAAGUCUGGGAAAUCAGCCCAUGGACUACAAUGAAAGUCAACUUUUUUAUUUUUUAAAGGAUAUUUAAGUAGUAUUCCAAUAUAAUACUAUAACUUUUAUAUUACAUACCUGGUCUUUGACCAGCCCUAUCAGGACUGUGGUCUGGUGUGUGACAGAGGGGAGCAGGGUGGAUUGUGGGUAUUCAGCCUUAACGUGCUGGAGAAGAACCUGGUACACCUGCAGACCACGACUGAUCUCCUGCAGACAUGCCUCCUUUAG